ACCACCUUACCACCUCACCACCUUACCCUAGCUUGAUACUAUCAGCUUCUCGCCGCACAAAAAGUCAUCAAAUUAAGUAACCGCGCGCAUAUAAUAAUACUCGACAUAUACACCUUAUCCUUCAUAAUUAUACUAGUUCUUCCAAGAUGGAUGAGGACGUAGUCCAGUUCAUGGCCAUAACUGGCAUCUCAGCCGAGCAUGUAGCUCGCGGCUACCUCGAAAUCUCGGGCGGCGACCCUAUGCAAGCUAUCCAGCUCUUCUACGAAAAUCCGGAGUUACAAGCUAGCUUCAACCGGCCUGCCGUUUCAACUUCCACUUCAGCCAGACAGCCUACGUCGUCUUCUGCGACUCGAAACCGGGCUUUUACAGGUCGCGAAGAUACCAGCGGCAUCAUCCACAUAGAUUCCGACGACGACGAUGUGCAAAUGGUGAAUGAUGACUUUGACAUACUUGAUGACGCGGACGAUGUCACGGCGAUAGCAAGAACCGCGCAAGAGGAAGAAGAUGCCGCGAUGGCGAGACGGCUACAAGAAGAAAUGUACUCAGAGAAUCACGGACCGCUGGAUGGAGUAAGAGCACCCAUAGCACAAACAACCGAGACCCUCGCAGCGCCCAAUCUCUCUUGGGGUUUGGAUGAAGACCGAAAUGCUGCUGUUAUGGAACAAAUACGUCGACGGAGAGCAGCACCAGGUAUUAGUGCAAAUCCCUUCAAUCAAUCAUCGGUUGAUUGGUUCGACCGCGAAGAUGGCGAUGACAUUCGACCGCGAAACAUGCAACCCACUUCCAGUAAUACAUCGCGGAGACUAAGAGAUCUAUUCGCACCUCCAACGACUUUGAUUACUCGUCUGCCGUUAGAUGCCGCAAGAGACCUCGGAAAGGAGGAGAAGAAGUGGAUACUUGUUAACCUUCAGAAGCUGGACGACUUUGGAUGCCAAGUCCUUAACAGAGACCACUGGAAGAAUGAAGAUAUCGCGUCUCUGAUCCGCGAGCAUUUUAUCUUCUUACAAUACACGUUAGACGACCCGCUCGCUCAAUCAUACACCACAUUCUACUUUGCCAACCAAGCUCACGAGGAUGAAAAUAACUAUCCUCACGUUUCUAUUAUCGAUCCACGUACCGGAGAGCAGGUUAAAGUCUGGUCAGGAGAAUCAUUUCCCUCUGUGACCGAGUUCCAUUCGGAUCUCGUCGAGUUUCUCGACCGAUACAGCUUAGCAGCCAACAGCAAGAAUCCCGUUGUCAAGUCAAAGCCGAAGACGAAACCCGUGGAUAUUAGCCGGCUGUCAGAAGAGGAGAUGCUUAGAAUUGCCUUACAGAACAGUCUUGACGAGAAUGGCGGAUCGUCGGAACCUAGCAUUCAAGAUCCUGACGCCCUUACUAAGUCAAACCCAGAUAUUGGAAAAGGCAAAGGCAAAGCGGUUGCUGGGUCUAACGACUUAGCUGAUGACUCUACUCAAUCUCCUACGUCGUUAGCAUUUGCUCAGAUUUUAUCGACUAAUCCUCACGUGGAACCUGAGAACAACCCUGCAACCACGACCAGAAUACAAUUCCGCCAUGCCGGCGGUCGUAUUAUUCGAAGAUUCUCGAUUACAGACCCCGUUCGUCGUAUCUACGAAUGGUUAAAGGCCGAGCCUCUCGAGGGCAAGGAGAACAUCCCAUUUGAGCUCAAGGCAAUGCCGGCAGGCAGAGACCUGAUCGAGGAGAUAGGAAAGACUAUCGAAGAGGCCGGCUUGAAGCAGGGCACGGUUAUGAUCGAGUUCAUCGAGGACUCAUAGUGGAUGAAGUAGAUGAUGAUGGCGCCGCCGCCGCAGCAGAUGCAGCAACAGGAAAGGAACAUAGCUCACGACUAUACUGGGCUACGGAAUUCAUAUUGCCUUGAUAUUCACGGCUCGGGACAUGUGUUUUAUUAGAUUGGUUUGUUUGCGAACGAUCCGCAACGGCCAAGACACAACACCCUCCCGUUGUCUACUAGUACUUUAGAGCUAGUUCUUAGCAGAAACGUGUUCUUUUCCCUCGCGGUAAUUGAUUUCUUAAUGAUUAAUACAUACGAUGUGAUUCAUGC